GCCGCCUCGAGUUUCUCGCAUCCGCGAUCAACGGCCGUGGCAACAUCUUGCCCUGGAGGUACGUUCAAUUGAGAUCCUCCGUCCCUUCUGCGCAGUGGCCAGAGGAGCUCCCCGUGGUAGCUUCUCCGUCAUCCUCACGACCGCAAGCCUCUUCUCUACAACUCAGUCCCGUCUCCUAUCGUCGCAGCGCCCUGCUUGACCGAGGCACAGCGAGCCAACACGCGAUCACCCUCCUACAAUACCAACACGGCCACGACAUCAUCAGGGCAGAAGCUGGCAGGCUGACUGUCUAUUGAACCUCUCUCUAUCGCCUGGGCUCUCUCGAACCUUUCGCCAUGUCGGACGGUGUAGAUAAGACCGACGAGCUCUAUCCCAUCGCGGUGCUCAUUGACGAGUUAAAGCAUGACGAUGUCCUUUUGCGAUUAAAUGCUAUACACCGGCUCUCCACAAUUGCACUUGCGCUGGGAGCGGAGCGGACUAGAGACGAGCUGAUUCCAUUCUUAGACGAAUCCGUUGAAGAUGAAGACGAGGUUCUCACGGCUUUGAGCGAAGAGCUGGGCAAUUUCGUCGAAUAUGUAGGAGGUCCAGAAUGGGGCCAUGUGCUCCUCUCACCCCUCGAGAACCUCGCUGCGAUUGAGGAGCCUCUAGUGCGAGAGAAGGCUGUCGAGUCUCUGAACAAGAUCUGUGAGGAGCUAUCUUCCCAGCAAGUCGAAGAAUACUUCAUUCCUCUCACAAUUCGACUUUCAAAAGCCGACUGGUUUACCUCAAAAAUCUCAGCGACGGGUCUUUACAACGUGCCGUACAAAAAGGCCUCCCCCCCAAUGCAGGAGCAGCUUCGACAGCAGUUUGGCCUUCUCGUUCAUGAUGAGACCCCCAUGGUCCGAAGACAGGCCGCAAACAACCUGGCAAAAUUUGUGAAGGAGAUGCCUGCCACAAUUGUUGUCGAGGAGAUGAUACCCCUUUUCCAACAUCUUGCCAGUGAUGACCAGGAUAGUGUACGGUUAUUGACGGUGGAGAUACUGAUAGCGAUUGCCGAGGUCGUGCCAAAGGAACAGCAGUCAAGUCAUGGAGUUCUUCUUACGGCGUUAAGGAGUUUGAUCGAGGACAAAAGUUGGAGAGUUAGGUAUAUGGUUGCAGAUAGAUUCGAAAAGGUUGCAAAGGCCGUGGAUGAUGAGGUCGUCUCAAGAGAUCUUGUACCAGCAUUCGUAAAGUUGCUUAAGGAUAGUGAAGCCGAAGUCCGGACAGCUAUUGCAGGGCAAAUUCCUGGCUUCUGCAAGCUUGUUGAUCGAACCACGUUGCUUAACGAUAUCAUGACCACUGUCGAGGAUUUGGUGUCAGAUACUUCCCAACACGUCCGAGCUGCUCUUGGCACCCAGAUCAGUGGUCUUGCUCCUAUUCUCGGCAAACAAGAGACUAUUGAUCAUCUUCUUCCUAUGUUCCUUCAGAUGCUCAAGGAUGAGUUCCCUGACGUCCGUCUACACAUCAUCUCAAAGCUAGAGCUAGUAAAUCAAGUCAUUGGAAUCGAGCUUCUUUCACAAUCACUCCUCCCAGCCAUUGUUCAGCUUGCGGAAGACAAGCAAUGGCGAGUUCGUUUGGCCAUUAUCGAGUACAUUCCUCUCUUGGCGAACCAACUUGGUGUUAAAUUCUUUGAUGAAAAGCUAUCUGCUCUUUGCAUGGGCUGGUUGGGCGACACUGUGUUUUCUAUUCGUGAGGCAGCAACCCACAACCUCAAGAAGCUCACAGAGGUCUUCGGUGUCGAGUGGGCAAACGAAGCCAUCAUUCCCAAGGUUAUGGCUAUGGGGGGACAUCCAAAUUAUCUCUACAGGAUGACGACUUGCUUCGCAAUCACUACCCUUGCACCUGUCGUUAGCCUUGACGUGGUGUCAAAAUCGAUUCUCCCCAUAAUGGACAAGCUCGUGGUUGACGAAAUCCCUAAUAUCCGGUUCAACGUUGCCAAGUCAUACGCCGAAUUGAUCUCUGUGCUCAAACGGCUACCCAAUGAGGGAACAAUCUACUCCUUGGAGAAGUCGGGUAGUUCGGCCCCACCUUCUCCUCGGGGUCAAGAACUCAUUGAAGAGAGGAUCCUACCGAAUUUGGAGAAGCUACAGAAGGAUGAUGAUGUUGAUGUUCGUUUCUUUGCCACUACAGCUGCUGCUGCUGCCUCUGGCGAGCCAAUGAUUACAUCGCCAUAG